GUGACGGGGUCAGGGUCAUAGUAAGCGAAGCUCCAACCAGGUAUAUAGGAACUUUCCAAGAGAGCUAACAACCAAGACAGCACACCAGAGAAUCUCGUCCAUAUUCCACGCCCCCUCACUAUGGAUAAAAAGCGUGCUGUGGCGCCAUCUAUGACCCAACCACGUGAACCUAAGGUAGCCAAGCGUGAGACUGCCGAUGACAGAGGCGCGAGUGCAGCGACGUCUACCGGUCAUCCAGCGUACUGCCAUUCUGAGAGUUGCAGAGGACUAAAAUUGUCUGAAAUGCUGCAUAAACACCAGCAGUGCGUUGAGGAGAUCGACAAACUAAACGAGAUUAUUCACUUGUCGAAUGAUGAGAAAUUAAAAGAAAUCCUCAGGUUGAGGGAGGAAUUGAAAUCCAUGAAGUCGUUGAUGUAUGAUUCUGUAAAAGAAAAAGAAUCAACGCUCAUCGAAGGAAAAACGCUAAAGGAGCAGCUGCUGAAAACAUCUCAGAUUGCAAAAGACAUGGCUCAGAAACUUGAAAAACUGGAAAAACUGAAGCAAAAGACUACCACAAGUGCUGUUGAAAAGGAAAAGAAACAAACUGAGGAAGAGAUACAAGUUCUGAACAAAAAACUUCACACGGUGAUGGGCGGUAACAUGCACUGGCAGGUGUACAACACUCAGAGGGACCACUACGUCAACACCCUCAUGCAACAGCUGGAUCACCUGAAGCUCGAGGUCUCCGAGUCCCACGAGAAACACGCGGGAACUUGCGACGAGGAAAUGCGAGAGGACGCCGAGAGGACGAUUGCCAGUGUUAAGGCGAAAAUUGACGAGAUUCAUCGAGAAAAGGAAGUGUUAAAAGACGAGCUCAUGCACUUUAAGGAGCUCUGCGACGUUAAGGAUCGCCAUAUUAAGGAACUGGAGACGCAGGUGGAACGCCAGAGCCCGCCCAGCUCCCCCACCACGGCGGGGCACCUCCGCACCCAGAUCCAGAUAUGCACAGAGGACUUCGAGGCCGAGAGGAAAGACAGAGAACGGGCACAAGCACGAAUACGAGACUUGGAGGAGGAGAUUGAACUGCUGAAGAGACAGCUGUCAAUGUUCCAACAAACUGCCAUGUCUCAGAUGAAGAGCAGACGAGAGGCGGCCUUGGCGCGUUACAGGCGAGAAUACGAGGCACAACACCCAGAAUACCGGGAGCAGAACCGUUGCUUGGAAGG